AUGGCGUUCCGUGGCCAGGGCCAAAAGGUACAGAAGGUGAUGGUGCAGCCCAUCAACUUGAUCUUGAGAUACUUGCAAAAUAGAUCUCAGAUUCAGGUCUGGCUCUAUGAGCAAGUGAAUAUGCGGAUUGAAGGCUGUGUUUUUGGUUUUUAUGAGUACAUGAACCUCUUGUUAGAUGAUGCAGAAGAAAUUCACUCUGAAAAGUGAAGAAAACAACUGGGUCAGACCAUGUUGAAAGGAGAUAAUACCUUGCUACAAAGUGUUUCCAACUAG